AUGUACGCCAUGGCCCCGACGGCCAACAUCCUCGCCUCCAGCCAGAUCGCGGUUGCCAACGUGCUGCCAUGCCUCGCUUACUCACUCUUCCGCUUCACCUACAGGCUCUCACCACACCUGCAUCCGCUCGUCUUCCCCCUCGUCUCCGCCUCCAUCUGGACCCUCCUCUCGCUGCUCUCCCCCUUUGGUGCCUUAGCCCACCCGUUCUACUCGUUGUGCUCCCUGCUGCCACUCGUGCAAGCCACGGCAUAUGUCGGCAUGGAUGGUGUCCUGCUGCUGGUGGCCUGGCUGGUGGGGGGUAUUCACCAGAUGAUGUUUGAGGGGGAUGCGGUGGUGAGGGGCGAGGAGGGGUGGAUGCGGGGUCGGAGUGGGGAUGGGAGUGGCGGGGUGGUUGGGGAGGAGGGGGGCGGGAGAGGGGAAGGGCAUGUGAGGUGUCCCACGGAGGAGGAGGAGAGGGAGAAGGGUAGCAUUCAAGUGUGUGGUGAGCGCUGUAAUGGUGUUGGUGCAAUGAGAAAUGGAGUAGGAGUGGGAGUAGGAAUAGGAGGAGGAGGAGAAGGGGCAGGUGGGGAAAGGGGAGGAGGUGCAGUUGGGGGAAGCAACAGGUUGGGGGAAGGCAGCAGCGGGUGGGGCCAUAUGCGAGUGAGUGCGGCACUGCUGGUGGUGCUGAUGGCUGCCGGGUCAGCGAGAGAGACUGUGUUCUCCUCCAGGUACCUCUGCACUGCACCUGCACAAGGAACUGCUCACGCUCCACUGCUCUUCAUUAACUCCCGUCAUUUCUAUCCUUCCUUCUGCCCUUCCUUCUCCCCUUCCUUCUCCCCUUCCUUCUCCCAUUCCUUCUCCCUGUCCUUCACUUCGCUUCUGAAUUCUGCUGAACCAUCCAUCUAUCCAUCGAUUUCCGAUCGUAGUCAACCAUCUCCAAGCAGUCAUGCUCGGCCAUCAUCUUCUCUCUCUCUUCCACUCUCCCUCUCUUCCUCUCUCCCUCUCUUCCUCUCUCUUCCCCUCUUUCUCUCUCUCUUCCUCUACCUAUCUCUCCCCAUCUCCGUCACUCUCCUCCUCUUCCUCUCUCCUCCUCUUCCUCUCGCUCUCCCUCUCCCUCUCUCUCCCCCUCUUCCUCUCUCUCCCCCUCUUCCUCCCUCUCCCCCUCUUUCUCUCUCUCCCCCUCUUUCUCUCUCUCCCCCUCUUCCUGUCUCUCCCCUCCUUCCCCUCUCUCCUCCUCUUCCCCUUUCUCCCCCUCUCCCUCUCUCUCCCCUCUCCCCUGGUUAUUGUGCUGCAGCUGGGGACGAUGCAGCUCCAUCAACUCUUGGGCCAUACCUGGGUGCUUCAUACGUAAAGCUCAUCGCCCCUGGGCUCGUCACCAACUCGUUCGCACUCAUCGACCCCAACGGCGCCCCCAUCCUGCGCUACAACAAGACGCACCUCUUUCCCUCUGUGGAGGCCAACGUGCAGCCGGGCCCCGGGUCCCUGCCAGUGGUAGACACGGAGCUUGGGAGGCUGUCUGUGGCCGUCUCAUUUGACAUGCAGUUCCCUGCGCUGAUCCGCCAGGCGGGCAGACAAGGAGUGGACAUUCUCAUGCAGCCCAGCUGGUCGUGGGGUGCCAUAGGCCAAGUGGCAUUCGAGACGGAUGCAGUGAGGGCGGCAGAGAAUGGCCUCACUCUCCUGCGCUGCUCCUCCAUUGGAGUGUCGGGGGUUGUGUCCCCGCACUACCGCACCCUUGAUUCACGGUGUGUGCUCCUGCUGCCGUGA